UGUUUCAUAAAUGUUAAAUGUUGCAGUUGUGUAAGGUGCAUAGCACUGAACACAUUUGAUGAAACACUGAAUUGUGAACAUACAGCUCACUGCAGAGGCAUUACAUUUGUGCAUCUCUAUUCACUGACGCGGUUUUAGUGAUGUUGGGUUCAGGAGUGCUGCUCGUCCUGCUCAUGGUGUGGCAUCGGUCCGAUGGCCAGAACUCUGAGUCUAUGUUCCAGGUAGUAACACAGACCAUGCUGCCACCUGACAGCGUGCACAACCCCACACAGCUCAACUACGGCAUGGCUGUGACUGAUGUGGACGGUGAUGGAGACCUAGAAGUGGUGGUUGCCGGAUACAACGGUCCGAAUCUGGUGCUGAAGUACGACCGCACCCAAAAUAAGCUGGUAAACAUCGCCCUCGACAACACAGACUCCCCAUACUAUGCACUUAGGGACAGGGCAGGAAAUGCUAUUGGAGUGACUGCCUGCGAUGUGGACGGAGAUGGACGUGAAGAGAUCUAUUUCCUCAACACCAACAACGCCUACUCUGGACGGGCUACGUAUUCAGACAAGCUUUUCAAGCUUCGCAACGGUCGCUAUGAAGAUCUGCUCAGCGACGAACUCAAUGUCCGCCGGGGUGUCGCCAAUCAAAUGGCUGGACGUUCAGUUGCUUGUAUCGACAGAAAGGGAACAGGUCGGUACUCCAUUUACGUGGCGAACUACGCCCAAGGAAGGGUCGGUCCACAUGCCCUCUUAGAAAUGGACGAGAGCGCCAGUGACGUGUCCAAGGGAGUCAUUGCCCUCUCCGACGUCGCUGCUCAGGCUGGAGUCAACAAGUUCACAGGUGGUCGCGGCGUGGUUGUUGGACCAAUCCUCAACCACAUGAGGUCUGACGUGUUCUGCGACAAUGAGAACGGUGCCAACUUCCUGUUCAAGAACAAUGGAGAUGGGACUUUUGUGGACAUGGCCCAACAGGCGGGUGUGGAGGACCGGGCCCAGCAUGGCAGGGGAGUAGCUCUGGCUGACUUCAACGGUGACGGAAAGACAGACAUCGUCUACGGCAACUGGAAUGGCCCACACAGACUCUACCUUCAGACCAGCGACUUCAAGUUCCGCAAUGUUGCCAGUAGAGAUUUUGGUUCUCCGUCGCCUAUCCGCACCGUCAUCGCUGCAGACUUCGAUAAUGACAAGGAGCUGGAGGUGUUCUUUAACAACAUUGCCUACAGAGGAGAUGCACCAAACAGAGUGUUCAGGGUGUCAAGAAGAGUUAAUGCAGACCCUUCGAUCGAUGAGCUUAAAGUGGGAGAUGCUGCGGAGCCGCAGGGGCGAGGAACAGGUGGAACUGUGACGGACCUGGAUGGGGACGGACAGCUGGACCUGCUGCUGGCUCAUGGGGAGAGCGCCCAGCAGCCAAUCUCAGUCUUUAAGGUCAAACAGGGAGCGUCCAACAAUUGGCUGCGGGUCAUUCCUCGUACCCAGUUUGGGGCGUUUGCCCGUGGUGCCAAGGUUACAGUCUUCACCGCUCAGAGUGGGUCUCUCACACGCAUCAUCGACGGAGGCUCAGGGUACCUGUGUGAGAUGGAGCCUGUCGCCCACUUUGGAUUAGGAACAGACGAGGCAAAAGUCCUGGAGGUCUCCUGGCCAGACGGCACCACCAUGACUCGGGCUCUUGAGGCUGGAGAAAGGAACUCUGUGGUGGAAGUAGCCUACCCCAGAGACGGAGACGUAUCUGUGCUUGCCAAUGACACGCAGUGUGGGAACGGCUUUACCGUCAGGAAUGGGCGUUGUGAAGCAGGUAUUUGAGGAAAAUCCCAUGAAAAACCAUUAAAGGGUUUCUGUGAUAAUAUCACAGAGAGUCUGGCUUUGAAUACUUUCCCUGUGGAUCUGUGCUUUUGAAAAGGCCAUCUUGUUUUCUUACUCUAUGAGUAGUUUUAUUGUUUUAAUUUCCCUUAUUUUCACUAACUUCUUAUUUUUACUGUGUUAAAAAGCUGUUAAAUAAAGUGCUUUAUUUCAAUACGUUGGGUCACAUUAUUGUUUUGUGAAAUCGCAGUGUGUCUGUCUUUGUUUUUUUUGUUUUUUUGCUUCAGGUUUCUUCUCUUGCAAAGCCUUGAAAAGCUCUUUACAUCCCUUAAACCUUCCUACUUUGUCUGGUUACAACCCCAAACUUCGAAGUAUUUUACGCAGUAGAUCAACACAACAGACAACUUAAUGGUUAAGUUGAAGCAAAAUAGAAAAUAUUUUUCAAAAUUUUGAAUGAAAACAAUCUGGAAAGUGCGGCAGGGCUUUAGCAUUCAGUAUACUUUGGUAGCAGCUGAAAACAAAAACUUAAACAUUUAGUAUGUUAGGUUUUUAGCUGAGAAGAAAACGAGGCCAGUGUGAUUGUGGUUGAUGUUUUGCUUAGAAAAUUGAGUUCCUUUAGUCCACUUUUUAGACCUUUGUCUCCAUUCCAUAUUGUUGUCACCCUUUCAUUGUUUUUGUUGUUUCUGCUGUCUCUCUCUGUCCAUGCAGCGUUAGCAUCUUUUCACUAUGGCCUCCGUUCUUCAGUGGCCUCCUUUGAAGCGUCCCGUUGUGACACAUUGUCACUCUUGUGUGUCACGGUGCUGUUUGCGCUGGCAGAUCUGAGGUGAGAGUUGUCUGCAGAGAGCCGACAACACAGUUUUCAUCAAGCGCCGCACGCCGGGACCAAAGAGCAUAUGGAAAGACUGAAAAGGCUCACAGUCCUUGACAUCCUGCUGCCCGGGUGUUACCGCUUUGUUUCAGCUGAAAUGACUGCAUGCGGAAACUGUGAUCUGUUCUUUCCUGGAAGUUUUGGUGGUGGGAGACAUGAAUGCACACAGUGAACUUUGCAUCAACAGUUUGCCACAAGUUUAAAGUAUUAAGAGCAUGUAUUGAGGGUAAAUCAAUAUUUAAAGAUGCCCAUCAACAGAUCAAAGGCUCAAUAUAGCUAACUAAUAAUACUUUCAGUUCUUUACAUUUGUCACUAAUCUACUCAUGAUAAUGUUUUUUCACCUGAUUAAUGCAAGACAGAUUAGAUGAAGAGGAAAAAAUAACAGUAUUGGUCAAUAAUGGUUGAUAUAUUUCUUAUAGCUCAUAAAAUGUGCCUGCAAGGCUAAAGUAGAUCAAGUUGUUUUUGCACUUACUGAUGGACAGAGAGUCAAAGAUGACAAGGGGAAAACACUGCUGGGUGAGCUGUUUUAG